AUGAAAACCAGCCCCCGUCGGCCACUGAUUCUCAAAAGACGGAGGCUGCCCCUUCCUGUUCAGAAUGCCCCAGGUGACACAUCAGAAGAGGAGCCUAAGAGGCCCCCUGCCCAACAAGAGCCUGCUCAACAGCAGGCCUCCAAGGAGGUGGCAGAGUCCAACCCCUGCAAGUUUCCAGCCGGGAUCAAGAUGAUUAACCACCCGACCAUGCCCAACACGCAAGUGGUGGCCGUCCCCAAGAAUGCCAAUGUCCAGAGCAUCAUCACAGCGCUGACUGCCAAAGGAAAGGAGAGUGGCAGCAGUGGGCCCAAUAAAUUCAUCCUCAUCAGCUGCGGCGGAGCCCCCACUCGCCCGCCAGGACCCCAGCCUCAAGCCCAAGCCAGCAAUGAUCCCAAGAGGACAGAAGUGAUCACCGAGACCCUGGGACCAAAGUCUGCAUCCAAGGAUGUGAAUCUUCCUAGACCACCUGGAGCCCUUCCCGGGCAGAGAUGGGAGAACUGUGCUGGCGGCGAGGCAGCCGGCUGCACGCUAGACAACAGCUUGACAAACAUCCAGUGGCUUGGAAAGAUGACCUCCGAUGGGCUGGGCUCCUGCAGCAUCAAGCAAGAGGCAGAGGAGAAGGAGAAUCGUCACCUGGAGCAGAGUCAGGCUAAGGUUGAGGGGCCCCUGGGAGCAUCGGCAACCUGGCCGGACUCCGUGUCUGAGCGGCCACCCUAUUCUUACAUGGCCAUGAUACAAUUUGCCAUCAACAGUACUGAGAGGAAGCGCAUGACCCUGAAAGACAUCUACACUUGGAUCGAGGACCACUUCCCCUAUUUCAAGCACAUCGCCAAGCCAGGCUGGAAGAAUUCCAUCCGCCACAACCUCUCUCUCCACGACAUGUUUGUCCGCGAGACGUCUGCCAACGGCAAGGUCUCCUUCUGGACCAUCCACCCCAGUGCCAAUCGCUACUUGACACUGGACCAGGUGUUUAAGCCACUGGACCCAGGGUCUCCACAAUCGCCCGAGCACUUGCAAUCACAGCAGAAACGACCCAACCCUGAGCUCCGCCGGAACGUGGCCAUCAAAACCGAAAUCCCCCUGGGCGCACGGCGGAAGAUGAAGCCUCUGCUGCCGCGGGUCAGCUCGUACCUGGUGCCCAUCCAGUUCCCAGUGAACCAGUCCCUGGUGUUGCAGCCCUCGGUCAAGGUGCCAUUGCCCCUGGCAGCCUCACUCAUGAGCUCAGAGCUCGCCCGCCACAGCAAGCGAGUCCGCAUCGCCCCCAAGGUGCUGCUCGCGGACGAGGGCGUCGCCCCUCUGCCCACGGCAGGACCAGUGAAAGAGGAGAAGCUCCUCCUUGGAGAAGGGCUGUCUCCUCUGCUUCCAGUCCAGCCCAUCAAGGAGGAAGAAUUGCGGCCUGGGGAGGAAACGCCACACUUAGGGAGACCCAUCAAAGUCGAGAGCCCGCCCCUGGAAGAGUGGCCCUCGCCCUGCCCGCCCGUCAAGGAGGAGUCGUCCCCCUCCUGGGAGGAUUCGUCCCGCUCCCCGAUCCCCAGGCCCAAGAAGUCCUACAGCGGGCCCAGGUCCCCAGCCCGCUGCGUCUCUGACCUGCUUGUCAUCAGACGCAGGGAGAGGAGGGAGGUGAGCCGGUCUCGAAGGAAGCAGCACCUCCUGCCCCCCUGUCUGGACGAGCCGGAGCUGCUCUUCGAGGGCCCCGGGGCUCCCCGUCGUCGAGCCACAGCGGGGCCUUCGCAACCUGCCUCCCAGCUUGGCUCCUCCCAGGAGGAGGGCGGGCCUUUCAAGACACCCAUCAAGGAGAUGCUGCCCGUCUCCUCCACCCCGAGCAAAUCUGCCCUCCCCGUGACCCCCGAACCCUGGAGGCUCACGCCCCCGGCCAAAGUGGGGGGGCUUGAUUUCAGCCCCGUACGAGCCCCCCAGGGUGCCUUUGGGCCCCUGCCGGACUCGCUGGAGCUGGCGGAUCUCAGCACCACCCCGCUGAAAAGCGUCCCCCUCUUUGACUCCCCCCGAGAGCUCCUCAAUUCCGAGCCCUUUGACAUCACUGCUGACCCCUUCAGCGGCUGUCCCCCCUCAGAUAUGGAGGUCCCCAAGCCAGGCUCCUCCGAGCCGCAGGUUGCCAGCCUCUCGGCCAACCGUUCUCUAACGGAAGGCUUGGUCCUGGACACGAUGAAUGACAGCCUCAGCAAGGUACUGCUGGACAUCAGCUUCCCCGGCCUGGAGGAGGACCUGCUGGGCUCCGAUGACGCCAGCUGGGCUCAGUUCAUGCCCGAGCUGCGGUAG